GACGGACCCUCGGCGUGAGGGGAGCGGGCGGGAGGGCGCGGCCGGCGCCCCUUGUCACGCCAGGCCGUGUCUGGGGGUUCUGAACUGCUCCUUCCCUUCCCAGCUCCCUCCUCCGCCCCUCCGCGGUGCUUCUCGGUUCUCUGCCCUUGUCUCCUUGCUUCUCUCCGCUGCAGUCACCAAGUGCUGUUCCCCCUCUUCUCUUACCCACCGGAUCCCCGUCACCUCCCCGCUUAACUGCCGUCACAAGGCUCCCCAGCGAAAUGGAAUUGCCGAAUUCCCAAAACUUCGGUUCAACUUUGUGAUGUCUUCCCCUGAAAUUGCUUCCCUUUCUUGGGGUCAGAUGAAGGUGAAAGGCUGCUCUACAACAUAUAAGGACUGCAAAGUAUGGCCGGGAGGAAGCCGGGCUUGGGAUUGGAGAGAAACCGGGACUAAUCAUUCUCCAGGAGUGCAGCCAGCUGACCUUGAAGAAGUCGUCAAGAAGGGUGUUAAAACUGUGGUGAUUGGUCGUGGCAUGAGUGAGGCUUUGCAGGUUCCAGCAUCCACUGUGGACUAUCUGAAGAAGAACGGGAUCGACGUGCUGGUGCUGCAAACGGAGAAGGCUGUGGCUGAGUACAAUGCCCUGGCUGCUCAGGGUGUCAAAGUGGGCGGCGUCUUCCACUCCACCUGCUGAAGCGCAGCUCAUUCUGCCUUCCCGGCCCGCAGCCAAAUCACACACCUCUGCUGAAUCUAAUUGCACUCUGCUGAGUGUGAACUUACCUGCCAAGGCAUAUGUGCACUGACAAUCGAAAAUGCAAAGACAAUUUAGUAGUUCAGGAUUUAAACAAAUUGAGGGCUCACAAAGAUCGGGGCUGUUAAUGUAAUUAAAUUGUUUAAUUACAGAAUCAUUUCCAUGUAUUGUUGAGAUUGACCUAAUUUUCUUCUGAAGAUUGUCCAUAGUCUUGUUAUUUAACUUUUCUUCACAACCUGUUGACUAAAUCAGGAGAUUGUGUUUAGAAUACUUUUAUUAGAAAAAGGCCCCAAAUUACAUUACUGGCUACUGGAAUGCAGCCAUUAAACACCUGAUGAGCACAAUUAAAUAGUAGAUAUGAAGAGGUGGUAAAGAAGCACUUUACCACCACUGGAUAAAUAUGAUAAAAAUAUAAUAAAUUUAAAAGCAAACCCAGAACAUACAACUUUACCUUCUGCAGGUGAUCUCAGUCAGGAUAUUUGCCAAUUUAAAAUUUUAAUUGCACAUUUAAAUUUUUAAUUGAGCCUGAAAAAGGGGAAAAAUGUCAACAGGGUAUAAGCAUAAAACCUGUGCCUUGAAGAAUUUUCUUAUUAAUUGCCAGUUGUGAGGAUUGACUUGUCUAAUACAUAUCGAUUCAGAAGUUCCUACAUGCUUAAAAUCAUCAGAAAGGCGUGUUACAAAACUAGAGUUUACAGCAUAAAACAUGGAUCUUUAUGAAAUCAGUCUGAAUUGCUACUAGCAAGGCACUGCUGGCAAGCUGGGGAUGCAUGUGAGAAUUGUUACUGGUCAUCAUUAUCUGAUGAUUUAAGUGUUGUGCCAACAAACAUUAUUACACUGAAGAUUUAAACAAU